AUGUCAAAGUCAAUCAAAAAGAAUAUGUCAGUAGAAGAAAUAAUAAUCAUUGGUGGUUCAUAUGCUGCUAUAUUAGCUUUGAAAACAGUAUUAUCUUCAAAAACUAAAACAUUUAACAUCACCUUAAUCUCACCAAAUGAAUUUACAUUUUUUAAUGUUGCUGUUCCAAGAUUAUUAAUUGAUAAUUCAUUAAUUGAUAAAACUAUAUUUAGAUUAGAUGAAGUUAUUGAAAAUUUACAAAAGGGAACUAAUCAUAAAGUAACUCAUAUUAAGUCUACUGUUACUAAAGUUGAAUUAGAUGAUAAAAAAGUGGUAACCACUAAUGAUAAAGAAUACUCAUAUAAUUAUUUAAUUAUUGCAUCUGGUUCAAGAUCAAUUUCACCUCUUUGGAAACUUGAUAAUGAAAAAAGUAAUGAAUAUAAUAUUGGAUCUAUCAAGAAUUUUACAAAUAAAAUUAAACAAGCUAAGACAAUUGCAAUUAUAGGUGGUGGAUCUACAGGUGUUGAAACCGCUGGUGAAUUAGCAACUGAAUAUCCAAAUAAAAAAGUAACUAUUUACACUGGCUCUUCUGGUCCAUUAUCAGGUUCAUUACCAAAUCAUGUUAAUUCCACAACUUCAAAAUUAGAAAAAUUAGGAGUAGAAAUUAUAAAUAAUGAAAGAGUAACUACAAAAGAUAAUGAAAUUACAUUAAGUAAUGGCAAAACCAAACAAUAUGACUUGGUAAUUGAAGCUCAAAAAUUAAUUCCAAAUACUGAAUUUUUAUUAAAAAAAUAUUUAGAUGAACAAGGAUUUAUAAAAACUGAUAACUACUUUAGAGUACCUCAAAAUCAUGAAGUAAUUGUAAUUGGAGAUAUAUUAUCAAUUGGAUUACAUUCAUUAGUUGAUUUAAAUUAUAAUCAAAAAUCAAUAUUUGAAAAUAUAAUUAAAUUUGAAAUUUUUAAAGAAGGUAACAAAAUUAAAGAAUACAAGAGACCUAAAAACCCAACUAUGUUAGUACCAAUUGGUAAAAAUGGUGGUGUUGGUGCAUUUAAUGGUUGGAAUUUUCCUAAUUUUUUAGUUUGGUUAUUUAAAUCAAGAGAUUUUAUGAUUCCAAAAGCUAAAGAUUCUUUAACUUAG